AGCCGGGAUAGUAAACUUGUAACAUCCCGGAUAAGUUAUGAAGCUCUCUACACGCUCUUGCUCUGUCAGUCUACCUGUGAUAUUAGUCAGAAGAAUUCUAACCUGUGCUGCUGUGAGGCCUGUUGAACAACCAGAAUCGCCGCGGAUUUUAAAAGUUGCCGUUCUAGGAUCUCCAAAUGUUGGAAAGUCGACCUUGAUCAAUGUUUUAAUAGGCAAGAAGGUCGCUGCUGUGUCUGACAAGCCACAGACCACGAGAGAGGCUUGUUUAGCUGUGUUGACUAAAGGCAAUGCUCAGAUUCUACUGACUGAUACACCGGGUGUUAUACAUCAUAACUAUGGACGGAAGCACAGAAUGUCGAAGUCUCUCAUGUCUGGUGCAAUGGGCUCACUUCUUGGGACAGAUUUAGCUGCUGUCGUUGUCGAUCUGAGCAGAAAGAGGCAAAGAAUGGCUAUAGAUGAAAACGUCGUCAAGCUAUUGCAAGAGUAUCGAAAUGUUCCGUCUAUUCUUGUGCUAAACAAGGUUACAGGUUUUACAGUUUGUUGUAAGAGCUACACAGCAUUACAAAGUUUGUUCUCAGAAGCUGCAUCGUGUUCACAGGUAGACACAGUGAGAGACAAGUUUUCUAUACUGCCUGUAAUUGAUAGACUCACAUGUAAAAAGUUACUGGAUCCACUUAAGACAGGCGGAAAUGGGCUCAAAUACACACCUGAUGCUGGUGAAGAUGGCGUCGUGUCUCUGAAUGAAGGAGGCUGGCCAAACUUUCACGAAGUGUUGGUCGUGUCAGCUGCAAGUGGUGAAGGGAUAAACACACUUUUGGAUUAUUUGUUUUCCCUGGCUUAUCCCGGUUGUUGGUUAUAUAAUUCUGAUGAAUCAGUUGCUUUGCCACUAUUGAAGAUAGUUGAAGAAAUGGUUAGAGAACAACUGUUUGCACACUUGUACCAGGAAAUUCCUUACGUUAUAACGCAGACCAACUUACAUCUUUCCAGGGAUAGUGAUAACGUCCUGGAAAUUCAUCAGGCACUAAACUGUCAGAAAGAAUGCCAGAGGGGGAUCUUGAUUGGCAAGAAUAGUCUGACAUUGGAGUCUAUGAGAUGCGAGUCUGAAAGACAACUAGAACAACUGCUUGGACCGUUACGUUUACGACUGAUUGUCAGAGUAGCACCUAGGUGAAGUGCAUGUCUAUGUAAGAUAGUGUAUUACUCUAAUAUCUAAUUUCAGAUUGUAUUAAUUGGUCUAAUUGUACUAUGUUAUAUCAAGUUGUUAUGAGGCUAA